AAGCUGCCUCUUCCUGUGUUUUAUUUUGUAUCCUGGGUUGUUUAAGGAAAAGCUUUGCGGGGGCUUUAGGGACCCAUUUCCCCCUUCCACCCCCGAGUAUGAUCCUUUAUUUACACUGAAUGUAAUCCUGAUUGUGAGGGAAAGAUGGAAGGGAAGAUUUCUCUCUCUCUGAGGAAAAUGAAAAUUGACCGCUGUCAAUUUUGUUUCCCCCCCUCCUUCUGCCUAGGAAAGAAGAAUUAGAAAAUGUGAAGAAGUGGCAUGAGACCAUUGCCAUCGGCUGGCCUCGCCCUGGUUCUGUGCUUGGUAUUCCUGGGCCGGGCCCAGCAUCCCAUGACGUCCCCUUGCCAGAUUGUCUCCAACACAUUCGCUCCUUGCCGAGGUCAGAAGCUGCUCCAAGUCCCUCAGGAUCUCCCCAGCACCGUGGAGAAGUUGGAUCUUUCCUACAACAAGAUCCAACAGAUCGGCUCGGCGGACUUCUCGUCCUUGACUCGGCUGAAAGAGCUGGACCUGGGUUACAACCUCAUCUUCUCGAUCGCCAACGACUCCUUCGCGUCCAACCUGCUUCUGGAGAAGUUGAGCCUCUUCAACAACUCCUUGAGAGAGAUCCCUUCGCUGGCUUUGAGGCCUUUGAAGCAGCUGACUGCCUUGUCGGUUUCCAACAACCUCUAUCGUCUCUCAAGGCUGGACGGGGUGUUCAGCUCCCUGAAGAACCUCAGAGAGUUGUCCCUGGGCGGCCCUGUUGUUUCCACAGUGGGACGUGAAGACUUUGCUCCUCUGAAGGACAUCCCGCUGGAGAAAUUUUUCCUCAAAACUGCUUCCAGUUUGACGGAGUAUCAAGAAGGGGCCUUCUCUAAGCUCAACACCACAGAAUUGUGGUGCGAUAUCGCUCUGGACAAGAACCCGGAGGCCUUGCCUGUUAUGCUCCAUGACUUGAAAGGAAAGCAACUCCGGUACCUCCGUUUCCGUAACCUCUUCGAAUUCACCUACUACACCGAUUCGGUAGACCUCUUUGCCGGCUUGGCUGAGAUCCAGGUGGACGAGCUGGUCUUCUACAGGGGGAAAUUCAACGAGAACCUGCUGCGUUUGGUCCUCUUAAACGUCCAGAAGUCUCAUGUGCGGGACCUCUCCUUCAUUGCUAUCGAUUUUGCCCGCUCUCCCGAGUGGAAGCUUCCGGAAUCCGGCAUCGCCAACCUGACCCUCCGCCGCUUGUUGCUGAAGGACAUCAGCAACCCCGAUAUUUUGCGUUUCGACUGGACUUUUACUUGGUUUGGCAGGAUAACCUACCUUUCUAUCCUCAAUGUCAACUUCAACUUUGUGCCCUGCGACGCCUGGGGGGAAAUGAGGAACGUGGUACUUCUAGAUGUUUCGAAUAACCGCUUGUUGAAUGAAUACAUCUACAAUGAAGGCUGUUUGUAUCAAGGAAUCAUGCCCAGCCUGGAGCACUUCAAUCUUAGCAACAACGAGUUAACCGACCUCAGCACAGUCUCCAAGCUGACAUCCAGCUGGCCUCGGCUAUCCAAUCUAGAUCUAAGCCACAAUCAAAUCGGGAACUGUAAGGAUUUGCCGUGUAUUUGGAGCCCAAGUCUUGUUUGGUUGGAUUUGUCUUACAACGUCGUCAAGGCGGGGAUCUUCCAGUGCCUUCCCACCAGGUUGCGGUUCCUGGAUUUGUCCUACUCCCAGUUGGAACGCCUUGAGAUGGAAUAUUUCGAGGUCGCUAUGGACCUCCAAGAGCUGCGGCUCAGCGGGAACAAGAUCAAGUUCAUCCCGACCAAAUGGAGAUGUCCCAGUCUCCGGGUUUUGACGGUGGACGGCAACUCUUUCGGUAUCAUCGGCAAAGGUUCCUUCGUGAAUAUGCCAGAGCUCACGCAGCUGAAAGCGGGGAACAACCCUUACCAUUGUGUCUGUGACCUCUACGGCUUCCUUCAAGAGACCCUGACGAAGGGCAAGUUGCAGAUUGUGGACUGGCCCGGCGGAUGGACCUGUUAUCACCCCGAGCCCCUGCGCGACACAGCGGUGAUUGCUUACGCCCCAAGGCUGACCCAGUGUAGCAUCAUGGUGGUAGUAGUCAUUGCCGUCUCCAUCACAGCCGUUGUGCUGGUGGUCAUCAUGGUUCUGUGUUGGUGGUUCAAUGUUGUCUGGUACCUCAAGGCCACCGUCCAAGUGGUGCGCUCCAAAUAUCGGGCCAGCCGCUCCCAGCCGUUGCGGGAUUUCACCUACCAUGCCUUCAUCUCGUACAGCUGCUCCGACGCGGACUGGGUCAGGCGGGAACUGCUCCAGAGGCUGGAGGCCUCGACUCCCCCGUACCGCGUCUGCAUUCACGAGCGGGAUUUCACGCCCGGCCGUUGGAUCAUCGACAACAUCAUAGACAAUAUCGAGAACAGCCACAAAAUCAUCUUCGUGCUCUCGCGCAGCUUCGUCGACAGUGAUUGGUGCAACUACGAGCUCUACUUCGCCCACCAGCGGGCGGUGGGGUUGAGCUUCGAGGACGUCGUCUUGGUAGUGAAGGAAGCCAUCGACCCACAAACGCUGCCCAACAAGUUUUGCCGACUGAGGAAGAUGCUCAGCAGAAGGACCUACUUAGAGUGGCCUUCGGAGCCCGGGCGCCAGGCCUUCUUCUGGGUGCAGCUGACGUCUGUCCUGGGGAGGGCUGAGGUCAUCAAGACGGACCCAAAGGAGGUUCCGGCUCAGGUGACUCGGAGAAAAAGCAACAUGGCUGACGACCGCCUCGAAAUGGAGAAUGUGGCCAAUGCAGACGGUGUUCCAGCAUGUUAAACAGGACUGAGUUUAAGCCAUGAGUUUAACAUCUGUGUUUAAUCGUGGUUUAUUCAGGAAGCCGCAAUGGCUGGAUUCACAGAUGCACACACAGGCUGUAAACCGUGGCUUGUGAAUUGCUAUGACUCUGUUCUCACAGCAGGCAAAAGAGGCUUGUUUCUCUAUUUGAAUCUUCGCUAAGAUAAUAUUGGUUUAGUUUAUGAUUCAAUAUGUUGUCCGCAAUCCUCAAACUGACUUAAUUUAGACCCAGGUUAAGCGGGUUGUGUAGAACCAGCCUGUCAGUAUCAUUAUACAAAGAGGAUUUCCAGUCAUCUUACUCUUUCUUGGUUUUCCUUUCCCAUGUGCUCAAGGUUAACCGAAUGACAGAAUAACUGGAAGCGACCUUGAAAGUCAUCUAGUCCACAUGAGGGAACUGUAGGCUAAAACAUCCGAUGAACGGUUGCACGAACUGGGCCUGGCUAGUCUAGGGAAGAGAAGGACCAGGGGAGACGGGAGAGCAUCUUCCAGUGUUUGAGG